UGAGCAGGACAUCGCCAGAUGAGCAACGGCAGCUGAGAAGAGUGGAUUUACUGUUCAAGGGCUGUCGUCGAGUGAGACAACAUGUCCAUCACAACCUGUCAGAAAGUGACUUUGAUAUCAUGUUCGGUCCUGUGUGUGUCUCUCUUCUUGCCCAGGAUGCUUUUGCCCAGAGCCGAAAAGGAGUUGGGACGGCCGCAGGUUGGCCCCGGGUUCUCCCCCCCAGGGAUGCGUGAGAUGUCGUUGUCCGACGACCCGAAGCAGUGGGGCGUGGAGCCUUUCCACUCCAUGACACGCAGCGCUGAGGCCUCUGCCAAAGUCAGAAGCAUCGGACGUGGCAAAAAACACAACCUGAUGGCUCAAGUCAUACCCAUUUAUGGAUUUGGGGUUCUUCUUUACAUCCUCUACAUAAUUUACAAGUUGACUUCCAAGGACAAGAAUACUAGAUCAGGAAAAUACAGUCCAACUAUGAGCAUGGAGAGGAAUAUGACUGACGAUGAGCUUGCCAGACUACAGGAGCGAAUACUUCAGUCAGAAAGGAUCAUGGAGAGGAUCGUUUCAGGAAAUACUCGUGCUUCUGGGAGUGGAAGACGCAGGAGAAGUAAAUCGACUCCGACUAAGAAGGAGGAGAAACUUCUCAAGCAACUGAGGCAGAUCGCACAGCUGAUGCAAGAGGGCCGGGAGGAGGGUGCCUCCCCGGAGAUGGAGGCAGAGGAAGUCCCUUACAGCGCAGACUGGGAAGGCUACCCAGAGGAAACCUACCCUGAGUACGAAGUACCCAAUCACAAACAUGAAUUUGACCGUGUGGCCCUGGAGGAGCCCGCCAACCAGCCCACUGCGGAGGCCCUCGCAGAGCGAAUGGAGCAAGAGGAGGAAGAGGUUAUGGCAAGGAAGUUAUCCAUAGUACAAGAGGAGGAUGAAGAUGAGGAUGUGGGAGAUGUGGAGGAAGAAGAAGAGGAGGAGGAGGAAGAAGAAGAGGAGGGGGAGGAGGAGGCAGAAGCUGAGAAAAGACUUUUGCUACUUCCACUUGCUUCCCAGGAUGCUACAAAUACAAAGCACGAAAGAUUAGGUCUGCAGAUACACAAUGAGCUGCAAGGUCAUCGUAAAGAGGGGAGGAAGCGUAUUAGCUUUAACGACCAAAGGGAUGUGUUUCACUACCCGAAAGAAGAUACCUGCGAAGGACAGGUGGAGAAGGGGGAGGAAGGAGAAGAAGAUGAGGAGGAGGAUGUGAAUGAAGAUGAUGGAGCAGAGGUGGAAGAAGAGGAGGAGGAGGCUGAUGAGGAAGAUCCCGUGACCGAAGCGGAGAGACUUCAGUUUAGUAGCGCAGAAUGUCCCAACCCUGAGGAAGAAGCAGAGGAGGAGGAAGAAGCGGCGUAUUUGUCAACGUUAGCAUCCGCGCAGAGCGACAGUAAAGUUCACGUAGACAUUCGCAAAGAGGUCAGCGGGCUGAGGAUGCGAAACAGGAGAGAGACGUAAAGAAUUUCCCUUCAAAGUAGUCUGAGCUCUCGUCUAUUCAGCAUUUUUUAAAUGGAUACACUCGUGCAUGUAUGAAGUUUUAGUCUAUUGACCAGUUGAGAUUACGAUCCUUUUUUACGAGAUCCUUUUUACUGUCAAUGCGAAGAGGUUUUUAAUCAUCUCUUUGAAGAGAGACGAUAAAAUAGGAGUUGGGGUUCGCGAAGAUGGCUGGCAGAUUAGGGGUUUAGGGGUUAGGGUUAGGGGACCUCCCGAUCACCAACAAGACUCACUUUCCACCAAUACCUCAAGGGUUAUACUGUAUGUAUCUGUUUUACGUGUAGCGGAAGGGUAAAUGGUACUUGGUAAGAACAAACUUUAGGAUGUGAGGUCGGUUGUUAAGGAUUGGUUAGGUUUGAUGUGUUGGAAGGUUCGGGCAAGGGCGGGUUCUUCUUAAGAUUUGGGUUAGGGUAAAGUGUGGACUUCGGUCGGAUUAGUGAAUUGGUUUUUCAGAACUUCGCUGUAAAUCCAAAUAAAAAAUGUAGACAGGGGAAUGGCUUUUCUCUUUCUGCCAGCAAGUCACUGUGACAACUAAAGAUACACUUUGGUCGUCAAAUUCAGAACUCAACAUUUUACAGUAAAAAUGUGACUCCAAAGUACCUUAACCGUACCGCUCAAACAUUAAUGUAGCCCUAACCAUGACAAAACACAAACAAUAGAUGGUUCUGCAUCAACCAGUAUGGUUGCGUCUUUGUCCUUAACCACAUCUGCAUUGCAAAAUUGUUUGGCUAAGUCUUUGUCUAUGUACGUAAGAGUUCAGCUCUCUUGAAGCUUAAAAUGAUCAUGGGCAGAUGCUAUUCGUUUGUCCAGUGCCAGGGAUUCCAUAUGGAGGAUUCACUUUUGAACGAGAGUCUCAACGUCGUUGAAUUGGGGCCGACAUCACAACUGUCUUGAGCAAGCACAACUACCCCCCAAAAAAGAGGGAAAUAAAAUAAGAUGUGAUAUAACAAAAGCAAACACCAUUCCGCACAAGUUGAACUCAUGCACAAAGACAGCAGUUGCUAAAUGUGCGGUCUGUGACCUCUAACACUAAAGCAACAGCUGCCUGGGACCGGAAAUCGGGAAUGAUGCCCAACUAGUCCAAGGAAGUUGUUACAUACCAACACAAGGUGGAUUCACACAAUUUAGUGAUACCUAAUUUUUUUUGUUUUUUAAUUACUUUGACUGUGUUUGUCGACAAUCUGAAACAUCAAAAAUCACCAUCAUGGACAUUGAAGAUUUGUCGUAUUUCAGCAGUCUGUCAACUCCCCAUUAAAAUAUUUCAACAUCACGCCAAUUCCACAGCAACAACACCCUUUAUAAUAAACCCGAGUGCCUUGAUAGUCUUAGACCAAACAAUUUCCUCGGGCACAUUGAGAGAUCUCUCAAAGUACUUUCGAGGGAACGCAGACCUUCGGUGCGCCAUAUAAUAUAUAUCCAUUUAAAAGUAGUUUUUUGUUUUCAAGAUGAAGUCAUUUUUUUUUCAGUGCAGAACCCCCUAACUCUUAACAUUCAAGCACCAAACCUAACUUUAAAUUCUUAAUUAUGCUAUUAAAACCUACCUUCAUGAUACGCUGUGAGCAAUUUAAGAAUAUUUUAACAGAAGGCAAACGUAAACAUACAGAGGUUUUUUUAUUUGUUCACAUUUUUUGUCACGUUCAAAGAGUGUCUAUCCCAUCAUGUAAGUCUUACACGACAUUCACUGUACGUCAUCACGAGCACUAAAAACAGAAAUUGAGAGAAGCAGGGGAUCCUGAACAUAAUCUACUGAAAAGCAGACUUCACAGCAAGUAUCAACAGUUUCAAAAUAGAAGUCCAAAAUAUUUAGAACACAAAGUACAAGAAUAGCACAUCUGAUAAACAUUUCCUCAUGAUCCACAGUCACAAUUGUGACACCAGAGAUUGUUCUUUGCCUUCAUUUUGCUGAUUAUUAUUUUGGAUUCGGAUGGUACAAAAUGUUGAGAAAGGAUGUGUCAUCCAGAAAGGAGCAUCUGUGCGCAAUUUCACUCUCGAAACAGGCUACCUUUUAGAUGAGGGACAUGGCCAACUGUCACAUCAGGGGAGUAUAAAAAUAUUUCAAAGAUGCAAAUAUAUGCAAGUGUUGAGGCUGUGACAAAUCCAUGCCCUCUCCAAGAGACAUCAGAGGUUCUACUAAGCACAAUGUUACAUCAGAGUGAAAUAUAAUGUGUCCUAAAGAAAAGAAAAUCUUUUAUUUGGGCUUCUUAUUCAUUUUGUUGUUUGAGUCGUUAAAACCAGCUCUGCGCCUGUCUACUGUUUAAGUGACCUCAAAUGACCCCAGUGCGUGGAAAGCAUAUAGCAAGAACAGCCAAGAGCUCACUUGACAGCCAAAGCGCAACACUGUAGUCAGUGUUCAAAGGCACAAGAAACGACAUACGUACGGCUAUAUCUCAUCCACUACUGCCUUGAAAUUAAAGUGCACCAUUGUUCUAUACAUUCACACAUGUGACCCAGUGACACGAUAUUGUACGGCACACGGCACAGCGGAGCACGCCUUUGCCCUGCUCACGUCCGAUCGUUUUCUGUGGAUAAUUUGUCUGUGAUGUGCUUGCAGCUCCGCAGAGCCAAUACUGUCCAAAGAAGAAUGUAAUAAAUACAUAAAUAACAAAAUAAAUAGUCGGUGACAUGCAUGUUAUUUUGACUUUAGGAACGUAUGACUAUUCAUGCUUGAUUUUUUUUUAACCUUGGGUUAUUUUCAUGACAGAAACUGGACAUAAAAUUCAGCCAACUUCAAAAAUGUACACAUAUGCAAUUAUUAGUCACAGAUAAAGAAUGUUAAACCUCUCUAGCUAGUAUUUAAAGUAACAGUGGUUCUUUAGAAUGUCCACCCACUCUAAAAUGUUUACAAAACAAAUUGAUUAGAUUUUUUUAAAAGAGGAUUACUCUUUGUGCUUGAGGCCCUAUAUCGAGCAUCUCUCCUGCCCCAGACACACACGCAUCCACGCAGAACUUGAGACCCACAGAGCAUCUUGGGAUACGCAGGAUUUCCGUGUUUUUUUGGAGUUGUCAGACCAGCCCGAGUUUUACAUGAACAGCCCUUGAUGAGCCCACUCUUGGACCAGUUGGCCAUUAAACCUCAGGCUGCAGUCUAUUCACAGGCUAACUUGCUGUCAAAGCUGGAGAGGGCGAUGGCGAAGGCUUGAAGGCCACACAUUGGGUAGUUAU